AUGUCGCAAACACCGAGCGCCCCGUCGGCGCCCUUCCCGCCCCGAGACCGCUCCCUCUUCUCCGCGCGCGCGAGAAAACAGCUCGGCCUCUUCUUCAUGGGCGCCACGUUUACCAUGGCCUCCUUACUCGUCACGCGCCGCGCCAUCGUGCGCAAACAGAUCGCCGCCCGGCUAAAGAUACGGCGGCUUCGUGGCGGCCGAGGCCUCGGGCUGGCCACCCUCAACGUCCUGAGCUUCACCAUGGUCGCCGCCGGCGGGCUGUCCUACGCCUUUGACCUGUCCAACGGCGAGGACCUGAAGCGGUGGGCGCGCGGGAGGGUCCAUACCAAGGUGGGCGAGGCGGAUGCCAAGGCGGAAAAGGAGCUCGAGGAGUGGGCGUCGUCCAUACUUACAAAGAUUGGCAAGAUUCCUGCGCAGGAUGGUGCCGAGCAGCCGGCACAAAAGGAUACCUAA